CGAUCGAAGAAAGAGGACCUCAUAGAGCUAGGUAAGUUUGUAAUAACUUAAACUGUCGCCAUUAAUUGACCGCAUUCAGUCGCCUCACAUGAAAAUUUUAAAAUUAGGAACAUUUAAAGGGUGAUAAAUCCCCUCAUGAGUUUUUUGUUAAUCUGAUGUCAGUUUGUUUAGUUUGGUUGUAAGUAGAAGUAAAAUGAAGAUAGAAUGGAUCUUUCCAUAGCCCACGGUCAAGUGCACAACUUCCUAUACCAGGCGACGUUAACAUUUAAAACAUAUUCUAAUUGCGUUCUUAGUACUGCAUAUCUAAUCUCAAAACAGUUUGAUUCAUAGGGAGUAUCUUCUCCGCAACAAAUAGAAAGAACAUGCCACCACGGUUCCUGCAGGAUUCCCCUGCUACGAUACGUCAGCCUACGGUGUACGUCCCAUGUACGAGACCGGAUUGUGUGCUCCCGGGUUGUAUAAAUCUGAAGUUACAGACUAUGAAUAACGAAACUAGAAAGACAAAGAUACAUGGAAAUGGGCGUAAAUCAAGGUGAGGCUAUUUCAAGAAAAGUUCUGAAGGUAUCAUGCAUUCAUCAAACUUAUACGACGACAUGCAGCUCUUUUUGCUACGACGGGAGUCACGACUCUUUAUUGCUUUUAGUCGAAAAACGAUUAUGUUGGUAUACCUGUCCUCUGUAUACCUGCAGUGCAUCCGAAAAUUCUGAUUCAAUAAUUAAUUUAUAGCAGAAAACCAUUUUCGCCGGGGAUAUUUAACUUUCCGCAUAGCUGUAUCACAAUGCGUCAAGACACGCGACCAUUUACAGAGCCAGUAGCCCAGGCUCACGAGUAACUCGGUGCCAAAGAAGGGCACAGCCAAUUAAAACUCGCUGGAAUCGCUCUGAUACUGUGAAAAACACCAAAAACGUGCAAUAUGUAAAACACAGGGACCAUAAGGACGCACUAUACUUUCCACACAAACCCUUAUAAUUUAUUCUACACAACCAGCGAUGCUCUGGUGAACUUUGGUACUGGCUGUUAGUACAUGUGUCUGAGUAAACUACGACUUCCAAAGUUUCGCAAUCUACAGGUGAGGUCGAGGCCCAAAAUGUCUGUAGUUUUUUAAGCCGAGCAUUGCCAACCGAUUAUCUUUUAAAUGCCAAACAACAAUCAACAAAUUGACUUAUUGAUGAUAAAGUGAAGUCAUAACAUUGUCUCAGUGUUGUGAGUCUACGAGCCUCAGCUAAGAGGGAUAAUAUAUCACGAUCAGAAGACAAUCAUUUAUUUUUCCGUGUUCGGGAACUUCUGCCAACGUAGCAGGCGCCGAUAAUCAUCUUACGCUAUCUUAUUACAGGCCGCGCUCCCUUGAGAUUUUUCCAUCACCCUAAAAAAACUGGCGCCUGCCCAAUACGCAGAAUAGGGAUCUUCCAGUUAACGUGUUUGUAUAUUCAUUUAAAUCACCAGAUGCAUCACUCAAAACACAGAGAUGGAGUUAACUACAGCAGGG